GUUGUGCUGCUUGCACGGCGCAGCUCGGUGGAAAAUAAAUGCGCAGGCUUCAUUAAAGGCCGCAGAUGCUGAAUAAAAUGUGGGAAAUGUUUCCAAGAUGACAAGAGAAGCCCCUGCACCAUGGGACUGAUGGAGCUGCUGCUCAGAGUGCUGUGCUUCCGCUCCGCUCUGCUCUGUGUAGUGGCCUGUAGUGGGCGUGUGGAGGUUCACACGGAGCGGAGGGGGGCGAUCUACAGCCCCUCGUGGCCUCUCAACUAUCCUGCCGGGGUCAACUGCAGCUGGAGCAUCCAGGGAGGCCAGGGAGAGGCCAUCACCAUCAGUUUCCGCAACUUUGACGUGGAGGAGUCAGGCGGGUGUUUGGGCGACUGGCUCCUGCUGACACCCACGUGGAACGGAGAGUCCAGGCUGUGUGGCUCCACGCUGCCUCCUCCCCUCAUCUCCACCAGGGGGCGUAUUUGGCUGUACUUCCACUCUCGGGCCAACAGCUCAGGUCAGGCCCAGGGGUUCCGCCUCUCCUACAUCAGAGGGCACCUUGGCCAGAGCAGCUGUCUGUCAGAUGAGUUCCUAUGUGGGAAUGGGAAGUGUCUUCCACGAUCUUGGAAGUGUAACGGCUUGGAUGAAUGCGGCGAUGCCACUGAUGAACAUAGCUGCUCCCCCCCGCCCACUGAGGCGCGGGCUGGCCUUUGCCCCCCUGGUGCCCUGCCCUGCACUGAGGCUCAAUCAACCCGCUGUUUGCCCCCCUCCCUGCGCUGCAACGGAGCCAUGGAUUGCCCCGACGGCACCGAUGAGCUAGGCUGCCCUGACACUGCAUGUGGCAAGCGUCUGGGGAAUUUCUACGGCUCCUUCGCUUCGCCUGAUUUCUUUCGGGCCAAUCGGAGUGCCGGGGCAGAGCUGCGGUGUUCUUGGCUGCUGGACACCCAGGACCCCAAACCCAUCGUGCUGCGGCUGGACUUACAGCUGGGCCUCGGGGACUCGUUGCAUGUCUAUGACGGCCUCGUGCAGCGGGCAGAGCACCUGCUGCAGGUGUUGUCGCACCAUAACAACCGGCACCCGACCCUGCUGGAGUCUAGCCGAGGACAGAUGAGUGUGUUGUACCUGGCCCAGCCUCACAGCCAAGGGCACGGCUUCAACGCCACCUACCAGGUCAAAGGUUACUGCUUCCCCGGUGAACGCCCCUGUGGCAGCGAGCAGGGCUGUUACUCCGAACGACAGCGCUGCGAUGGCUACUGGCAUUGCCCAUCUGGACGUGAUGAGGAGGCCUGCCCGACGUGCCCGGAUGGGGAGUACCCCUGCGAGGGCAGUACUGGAGUAUGCUACCCACCCUCCGAGCGCUGCAACAACCAAAAGAGAUGUCCGGAUGGGUCAGAUGAGAAGAACUGCUAUGAGUGCCAGCCCGGAAACUUCCACUGUGGAACCAACCUCUGCAUCUUCGAGACGUGGCGCUGUGACGGCCAAGAGGACUGCUUAGAUGGGAGCGAUGAAAGAGACUGCCUGGCGGCGGUGCCCCGGAAAGUGAUCACAGCUGCCCUGAUCGGCAGCCUGGUCUGCAGCCUGCUGCUGAUCAUUGCUCUCAGCUGUGCCUUCAAACUGUACUCCCUCAGGAGCAGAGAGUACAGAGCCUUUGAGACUCAGAUGACUCGGCUGGAGGCGGAGUUUGUUCAGCGAGAGGCUCCGCCCUCUUAUAGUCAGCUGAUUGCCCAGGGCCUCAUCCCUCCAGUGGAGGACUUCCCUGUAUACAACCCCACUCAGGCCUCAGUGUUACAGAACCUGCGGUCAGCAAUGCGUCGGCAGAUCAGGCGUCACUCAUCAAGGCGCUCUUCCUCCUCCCGGCGGCGUCUCGGGCAUCUGUGGAAUCGCUUGUUCCACCGUGGAUCCCGAGCCAGAGGCCACGCUCCCCUGCUGGACCCCCCAGGUCCCACGCAGAUCCACCUGGGUCUCCACAGCUACCGCACUGUGGAAGAGCAGGAGCCCAGCAGCUUACCAACUGCAACCCCAUCCCCAGUCCCAGCCGCAGCCCCAGCCCUGGGUUCCUGCUUCUCAGCUGCCACGGAUGUCGAACUCCAACCCUCCGAGUCCCCUGCCUCACCGCUCUCUUCCCCGUCAGCUUUGGACAGUCCAGAGGACGAGGAGCUAUCACCAGGGUCACCUUUGAGCGGUGUCAGCAGAGAAAGCAGCAGGGCCUCCCAAUCUGAGCCCACCACCCCUAGUCAGAGUUACUCUUUGGCUCCUGGUGGACCACCCCCUAUAUCCCAGGAUGGGUUCUCGCACCCCUACCGCUGCCGGACAACCAGGAAGCUGGUUCUUGACCUGGCAGUUAACCUGAGGGGUGUUGCCCUGCGGCGCUACUCCCCCCUAGGACCCUUGUCGCCUGUGUCACCCUCCGCAGUCAGCAGUGGCCCUCAGAUACCCAGAACCCAGGGCCCAACCCAGGGGCAGGAGGGGACAUUGCCAACCACCGAGUCCUCAUCUUCCCCUGACUGAGUACAGCACUCUGCUCAAGUGUCCUGGAUCAAGACACUG